UUAUGUGUCUCCGCCGCCCGCGAGUCUCCUCCAUCCCCUCGAGGUGAGAUACCGGGAGCUAUUACCGCGGAGUGAGGACGAACGUAGCUGUCGCGAUGGACUGGCGCCCUGAUGAGGAAGGAUUGCAGCAGGUCUUACAGCUGCUUAAGGACUCGCAGUCACCAGACACGGCUACACAGCGGGUGGUCCAGGACAAACUAAAACAUUUGAACCAAUACCCAGAUUUCAACAACUACUUGAUUUUUGUGCUGACGCGGCUCAAAUCUGAAGAUGAACCUACGAGGUCGCUCAGCGGGCUGAUCCUGAAGAACAAUGUGAAGGCGCAUUAUCAGAGCUUCCCCCAGCCGGUGUCGGAGUUUAUCAAGCAAGAAUGUCUAAACAGCAUUGGAGACUCGUCAUCCCUCAUCAGGGCAACCAUCGGUAUCCUCAUCACCACCAUCGCUUCAAAAGGUGAGCUGCAGACCUGGCCGGAGCUCCUACCUCAGCUGUGCAACCUGCUCAACUCGGAGGACUACAACACCUGUGAGGGUGCUUUUGGAGCUUUGCAGAAGAUCUGCGAAGAUUCCUCAGAGCUCCUGGACAGUGAUGCUCUCAACAGACCUCUCAACAUCAUGAUCCCUAAGUUCCUCCAGUUUUUCAAGCAUUGCAGCCCCAAAAUCAGGUCUCACGCCAUCGCCUGUGUUAAUCAGUUUAUCACGGACCGUGCCCAGGCUCUCAUGGAUAACAUAGACACGUUCAUCGAGCAUCUGUUUGCUCUGGCCGUGGAUGAGGAUCCUGAGGUUCGCAAGAACGUGUGCCGGGCCCUGGUCAUGCUGCUGGAGGUGCGGAUAGACCGGCUGCUUCCUCACAUGCACAGUAUAAUCCAGUACAUGCUGCAAAGGACGCAGGACAGCGACGAGAACGUGGCACUGGAAGCCUGCGAGUUCUGGCUGACGCUGGCUGACCAGCCUAUCUGCAAAGACGCCCUGUCCAACCACCUUCUGCAAUUGAUACCGAUCUUGGUGAAUGGGAUGAAAUAUAAUGAAAUUGACAUCAUUCUGCUGAAGGGUGAUGUGGAGGAGGAUGAGACCGUCCCAGACAGCGAGCAGGACAUCAAGCCGCGCUUUCACAAGUCCCGCACCGUAACGCUGCAGCACGAGGAGGCGCGGACGGAGGGAGAAGACGACGCCGAUGAUGAGGAUGACGACGACGACACGUUGUCUGAUUGGAAUCUGAGGAAAUGUUCUGCGGCUGCUCUCGAUGUCCUAGCCAAUGUAUUUCGGGAGGAACUUCUCCCUCACCUUCUCCCGCUCCUGAAGGGGCUCCUCUUCCAUCCUGAGUGGGUCAUUAAAGAGUCUGGAAUCCUGGUCCUUGGGGCAAUUGCAGAAGGUUGUAUGCAGGGCAUGGUUCCGUACCUCCCAGAACUUAUCCCCCAUCUGAUCCAGUGCCUGUCUGAUAAGAAGGCAUUAGUCCGCUCCAUUGCCUGCUGGACCCUGAGCCGUUAUGCCCACUGGGUGGUUAGCCAGCCUCCCGACCUCUACCUGAAGCCAUUGAUGACCGAACUUCUCAAACGUAUCUUGGACAGUAAUAAGAGGGUGCAAGAGGCGGCCUGCAGUGCCUUCGCUACCUUGGAAGAAGAGGCUUGCACCGAGCUGGUGCCGUACCUGAGUUUCAUAUUGGAUACUCUGGUCUUCGCUUUUGGGAAAUACCAGCACAAGAACCUUCUGAUUCUGUAUGAUGCCAUCGGGACGCUGGCGGAUUCUGUGGGGCACCAUCUGAACCAGCCGGAGUACAUCCAGAAACUGAUGCCUCCCCUUAUUCAAAAAUGGAACGAACUGAAGGAUGAAGAUAAGGACCUCUUUCCGCUCCUGGAGUGUCUGUCGUCCAUCGCCACCGCCUUGCAAAGCGGGUUCCUCCCGUACUGCGAGCCGGUGUAUCAGCGUUGUGUCACGUUGGUGCAGAAGACCCUUGCUCAGGCCAUGAUGUACAGUCAACAUCCAGAUCAGUAUGAAGCUCCCGAUAAGGAUUUUAUGAUUGUUGCCCUGGACCUGCUGAGCGGUCUUGCUGAGGGGCUCGGUGGCCACGUAGAGCAGCUGGUAGCUAGAAGCAACAUCAUGACCCUUCUCUUCCAGUGCAUGCAGGACAUUAUGCCAGAGGUGCGACAAAGUUCGUUUGCUCUCCUUGGUGAUCUGACAAAGGCUUGCUUUCUACAUGUGAAACCAUGUAUCUCUGAGUUUAUGCCCAUUCUCGGCACGAAUCUGAAUCCGGAGUUCAUUUCCGUCUGUAAUAACGCGACGUGGGCCAUCGGAGAGAUCUGCAUGCAGAUGGGGGCCGAAAUGCAGCCGUACGUAUCUAUGGUCCUAAACAAUCUGGUAGAAAUUAUUAAUCGGCCAAACACUCCCAAAACACUUCUGGAAAACACAGCCAUAACCAUCGGACGCCUUGGCUGUGUUUGCCCCCAUGAAGUGGCGCCCAUGCUGCAGCAGUUCAUCAGACCCUGGUGCACAUCGCUACGAAAUAUUCGUGACAACGAGGAAAAGGACUCCGCGUUCAGGGGGAUCUGUAUUAUGAUCGGGGCGAAUCCAGGGGGGGUUCUCCAGGACUUUAUAUUUUUCUGCGACGCGGUGGCAUCGUGGGUGAGCCCGAAAGAUGAUCUCCGAGACAUGUUCUACAAGAUUUUGCACGGUUUUAAAGAGCAGGUUGGAGAAGAGAACUGGAACCAGUUCUCGGAGCAGUUCCCACCGCUGCUGAAGGAACGUCUGUCUGCAUUCUACGGGGUGUAAAAAGAAAAAUGAGAGAAAA